UGAGGGCUUCGCUUCCUCAUUCUUUGAGGACUCAGAACUGAUGAGCGCUGUACUGUUUGGUGGCUGUGUCACCUGGAACACAUGAUCUUCUUGGACAGAUGGAGAAUUCCAUGUUGACUCUUACGUGUUCUGUCCUGGAGGUGACACACAUCUGUCCUGUCUAGAGCUCUUUGACCAACACUGGUCACACAGUUGCCUGACUUCUAGAGGACUGAGAGCUGUGGGAGAGCAGCUUGGAGUUCUGCUGAUUUGCACGGUCUCUACCAUGCCGUCAGAUACUGUGGACACAAUGGUGGUGAUGUCCAUGUAUUCUAUUUCCUGUCAGGAUGCACACUGGUUUCCAGAAGAGAAAAUAAUGAAAGUGCAAUGUCAAGAAGGCUUCUGUCUCAGUCCUGCCAGUACUCCAGUGUCUGAGUCACCUGGUGAUAUGGAAUGUUUGAAAAAUACCCAAUCAGCACUCAUGUUUUAUGUCCCCUAUGUAUUCUAUGACAGCAUAGACAUUGCACCUAGAGUAACACUCAGCACACAAGGAUUCCCACUGCUUACUGUUGACUGAACAUAGUUUGUUCUCUGCCACAUCUGUGGUCUUAAGAAUCCAAGAGGUGAAGUUCAAGACCUUUCAAGGUGUUUGGAAGAUGGCUGCUGCUGAUCCCAGGAAGUGGAAAUGACAUGAAUGACCAUCAACUGUCUGGAUAAUGAAUUGCAGUUAAUCAAUGGACCCACAAGACUCCCAGAAGGUGAAGUCAAGGGCUGUCAGACUCAUUUGGUUAGGAGAACAGCAGACUGGCAACCAGGAGGAGAACUUUACAGAGACUUAGAACAUACCAACAAGUUGGAAGGGGAUUAAAAAGAAAAACCUUCAAGCAUCAACAACCACGAACACCAAGCUGAAGGCACGAAUCUAACCUCCAAGGGUGGAUUAGAAGCUGGAUGAGGAUCUGACUGAAGGCAUCUGGAGAGAGAAAGUUAAGUACCAGCUUGGAUUUCUGUGCCCCCAGUUUCUUUGUGCAUUUUUCAUCAAUAACCAUCAAAUUUUGUGUCUAUAUGAAAAAGUUUUCCUAGCCACUUGUUUUAAGGUGAACAUCUUUUGGAUUAAGAGCUACAAAAAAAGAAGGUAACAUCUAGGGAAGGAAGAAAAGAAAGAAAUGAACAUUAGGGAAUGAGUUUAUUUUGAAUGACUUCAGGUAGCCAGGAGUAUGUGUUUGCGAGUGUGUAUUCAAGAGAAUUUGGCUUAGGUCAUAUUCUUCUGGUAUCAGAGAAGGAAAGAGUUAUCGAGGGGCAAAGAAAAAGAAGAAAUCUGAGUUUUCUGGGAAGAAAUUCAAAGGAAACAAGAGCAAUUAAUUUCUUCUGCAGGGACUAAAAUAGAGGUAGAAGAGAGGUCAAAGGAGUAGUGUGAGGGAAUCAUACACAGUGGGAUAGCAUACUAGUAUACUUCUCCACCACAGGUAGCCAGAAGAGGCACUCAUUUGGGGCUACUUGAAAAACUUUGGUUUGUGAACAAAACAGUUGCGCUGGUGACUGCAAGUCCACUGCUAGCCAUCUCUUUCUGCACUCUCCGUCACUCUGGUGUGGUACCCAGAAGUUGACUUCUGGCUCUAUGAGAAGAGCUGAGGGAGGCAUGAUGUCUUUCAAGGUCCUGAGACUAAGCCUGGUGAUCCUGGCUGGUUGGGCUUUCAGCACCGCCGACUCUGAGCUCGGCUGGACUCCCAAGAAACCCUUUUCUCGGACGGGACAGCUGAAGCAGUUGCCCCUGGAAGGUGAACACUGUUGGCUGGGCGCUAAGGUUCAAAGACCCAGAGCUGCUCCCCAGCAUCACCUCUUUGGAGUCUAUCCCAACAGCCCUGGGAGCUACCUGAGGCCCUUCCCUGUGGGGGAGCAGGGACCUCAUCACACAGGAUGCCAUACACCAGACACGGAGGGAAAGGGUGUGAGCCACUUUUCCCAAGAUCUGACUGAAAAUACAGCAAAAGCGAGGAGGGAGAUUGAGCAGCCAGCUGCCCCCUGGGUAGGGGAUGGUCCUAUUGGGCAAGCUGAGCUGCUAGGAGAUGAUGACACUUAUCUUGGCAACGAAGGAUCUGAGGAGUCUCUAGGUAAGGCUGUAUCUCGGGAAAGCUCAGCCAGAGCCACCAUUAUCACCACCUUUGCACACCUGCAGGAAGCUGGAGGAGACACCCAGAGGAAGGGCCCGGCCAAGGCCAGGCACCCUAGGCAAGUGGUGAGGAGGCAGGCAGAAGAUGUGCCUGGAGACCCCAGUGUCUCUCUUCAGUCUUUCCAGCACGGACCUAAGGACCCCCUCAUAGGCAGGGUUCAAAGCAGCCCCUUGGAGGACAGCCUCCAAAAUGGUGGAGGGAGCCCUGACUGGGAAGCCGAGACCUUUAACCCCCAAGGAGGACUGCCCGUCUUGUACUUCUCUGGGAGGUGGGAGCGGCUGCUGCUGCGUCCAGAACUGCUGGCUGACAUCCCCAGGGAGGCGUUCACAGUGGAAGCCUGGGUGAGACCAGAGGGAGGACAGAACAACCCGGCCAUCAUCGCAGGUGUGUUUGAUAACUGCUCCCACACAGUCAAUGACAAGGGCUGGACCCUGGGCAUUGGCUCAGGGAAGGACAAGGGAAGGCAAGAUGCUCGCUUCUACUUUUCCCUCCGGACUGACCGCAUGAAGAAAGCCACCACUGUGAUGGGCCACAGUCGCUAUCAACCAGGCACAUGGACACACGUGGCAGCCACUUACGAUGGACGGCGCAUGGCCCUGUAUUUGGAUGGCACUCAGGUGGCCAGUAGUCCAGGCCAGUCUGGUCCCCUGAACAGUCCUUUCAUGGCAUCUUGUCGCUCCUUGCUCUUGGGUGGGGAUAGCUCUGAGAAUGGGCACUAUUUCCGUGGACACCUGGGCACACUGGUCUUCUGGUCCACUGCCCUCUCACAAAGCCACCUCCAGCACAGUUCCCAGCAUGGAAAUAGGGCAGAGGAGUUGGCCACCCUGGUCUUAACAGCCAGCUUUGAUCCUGUGAGGGAACAGUGGACACCCUUCAGGGAUGAGAAAUAUCCCAGGCUUGAGGUACUCCGGGGCUCUGGGCCAAAGCCCGAGGUUCUGUCGCCGCUGCAGCCCCCGCCUUGUGGGCAGACGGUCUGUGACAAUGUGGAGUUGAUCUCUCAGUACAACAGGCACUGGCCCUUGCGGGGAGAGAAGGUGAUUCGCUACCAGGUGGUGAAUAUCUGUGAUGAUGACGGCCUGCACCCCAUAGUGAGUGAGGCGCAGAUCCAGCGGCAGCACGAGGCCCUGAACGAGGCCUUCAGCCGCUACAACAUCAGCUGGCAGCUGAGCAUCCAUAGAGUCCUCAACUCCACCCUGCGCCACAGGGUUGUGCUUGUGAACUGUGAGCCCAGCAAGAUUGGAAAUGACCAUUGUGAUCCAGAGUGUGAGCACCCGCUCACGGGCUACGAUGGGGGCGACUGUCGCCUGCAGGGCCGCUGCUACUCCUGGAACCGCAGGGACGGGAUUUGUCAUGCCUCAUGCAACAACAUGCUGAAUGACUUUGAUGAUGGGGACUGCUGUGAUCCCGAGGUGGCGGACGUGCGCAAGACCUGCUUUGACCCCGACUCGCCCAAGAGGGCGUACAUGAGUGUGAAGGAGCUGAAGGAGGCCUUGCAGCUCAAUGGUACCCAUUUCCUCAAUGUCUACUUUGCCAGCUCGGUGAGAGAAGACCUUGCAGGUGCUGCCACCUGGCCUUGGGAGAAAGAAGCAGUCAGUCACCUGGGGGGAGUUGUCCUUAACCCAUCCUAUUAUGGCAUGCCGGGCCACACCAACAUCAUGAUCCACGAGGUGGGGCAUGUCCUGGGACUCUACCACGUCUUCAAAGGGGUCAGCGAGAGAGACUCCUGCAAUGACCCCUGCAGGGAGACGGUGCCAUCAAUGGAGACAGGCGAUCUCUGUGCCGACACUGCCCCCACACCCAAGAGUAAGCUGUGCCAGAUUCCAGAACCUGCCAAUGACACCUGUGGCAUCACCCACUUCCCAGGGGCUCCAUUCAACAACUACAUGAGCUACACAGAUGAUAACUGCACCGACAGCUUCACCCCUAACCAAGUGGCGCGGAUGCAUUGCUAUUUGGACCUUGUAUAUCAGCAAUGGAGUCAAAGCAGAAAGCCCACCCCCAUUCCUAUCCCACCCAUGGUCAUCGGGCAGACACACAAGUCCCUCACUAUCCACUGGCUACCUCCUAUGAGUGGAGUUGUAUAUGACAGGGCCCCAGGUAGCUUGUGUGGCAGCUGCUCUGAAGAUGGGACAUUCCGGCAGUAUGUGCACACUGCUUCCUCCAGGCGGGUGUGUGACUCCUCAGGCUACUGGACGCCAGAGGAGGCUGUGGGGCCUCCUGAUGUGGAUCAGCCCUGCGAACCCAGCUUGCAGGCCUGGAGUCCCGAGCUGCACCUCUACCACAUGAAUAUGACAGUGCCCUGCCCUGCGGAGGGCUGCAGCCUGGAGCUGCUCUUCCAAUACCCGGUCCGAGCUGACACCCUCUCCCUCUGGGUCACGUACCUCUCCACGGACUCCUCCCCGGCGCUGUUUGACACAGUGAUCGUGCUGGAGAACCAGGAGUCUGUGCACCUGGGCCCCUUCGACACUUUCUGUGACACACCCCUCACCAUCAAGCUGCAAGUUGAUGGAAAGGUCUCCGGGGUGAAAGUCUACACCUUUGAUGAGCGGAUGGAGAUCGACGCUGCUCUCCUGACUUCUCAGCCCCACAGUCCUUUGUGCUCCGCCUGCACGCCUGUGAGGUACCAGGUUGUCCGAGAGCCUCCUUUUGCCAGUGGCUCACCCAUGGUGGUGACACAUCCUCACAGGAAGUUCACAGACACGGAAGUCACACCUGGACAAAUGUAUCAGUACCAAGUUCAGGCUGAAGCUGGAGCAGAAUUAGGAGAACCCUCACCUCCUCUGCACCACAUGCAUGGAGCUCCUUACUGCGGAGAUGGGAAGGUGGAAAAGAUCCUGGGAGAAGAGUGUGAUGACGGAGACCUGUUGGAUGCAGAUGGGUGUUCAAGAGCAUGUAAGCUAGAGGAAGGCUUCAACUGUAUGGGGGAGCCAAGCCUUUGCUACAGGUAUGGGGGAGAUGGAAUCUGUGAGCCUUUUGAGAAGGAAACCAGCAUCGCAGACUGUGGCCUCCAUACCCCCAAAGGACACCUGGAUCAGUGGGCCAGCCAGGCUUACUCCUCUCAAGAAGACAAGAGGAAGUGUCCUGUUUCUCUGGUAACUGGAGCACCUCAUUCCGUGAUUUGCACAUCAUACCAUCCAGAUCUACCCAAGCACCACCCCUUUACUGGCUGGUUUCCCUGCAUCACUCGUGGAAAAAGGCCUCAGGAUGAAAGGACUGAGCAGUCAGAAGAUAGCCUGGAAAAGGAGAAUGAAGUUUGGCUCGAAGUGUGUUUUAAUAGACCAGGAGUAGCCACUGCGGUUUUCAUUUUCUUGACAUCUGAUGGCCUGGCCCCUGGGAAGCAGCGACCAACAGUGACUCUGUACGUGAUCGAUGUCAGUGGUAGCAACCACUCUCUUGGAACCCAUGAACUGUCAUGCCAGCAGAACCCACUGGUUAUCAAUGUGACCCCUCAUGCAAAUGUCCUCUCCCACCACACCACCUCCAUGCUGCUGAAUUUCUCAUCCCCUUUGGUGGGCAUCUCAGCGGUGGCUCUGAGGACAUCCUCCCAUAUCGGUCCUUCAGCUCCCCAUAACUGCAUUCCGGAGCAUGAGGGGCAAAAUCAUCAGGGACAGAGCUGUGUCCACCGGCCUUGUGGGGAGCUGGGCAGCUGUGUGCCAUUGCUGCUUGAUCACACGGACAUGGUGAACUGUACCUCUAGCAGCCCAGGUCACAUGAAGUGUGCUAUCACCUGUCAAAGGGGAUUUGCCCUUCAGACCAGCAGCGGGCAAUACCUCAGGCCUUUUCAGAGGGAGAUUCUGCUCACAUGUUCUACUGGACUCUGGGACCGGGAUGUGAGCUGCAUGCCUCUUGACUGUGGCCUCCCUGACCCGACUUUGGUGAACUAUGCAAACUUCUCCUGCUCAGAAGGCACCAACUUUCUGAAACGCUGCUCUAUCUCUUGUGUGCCACCAGCCAAGCUUCAAGGACUGAGCCCAUGGCUGACCUGCCUUGAAGAUGGGAUGUGGUCUCUUCCUGAAGUCUACUGCAAGCUGGAAUGUGACGCUCCCCCUGCCGUUCCAAACGCCAACUUGCUCCUGCCUAACUGUGCCCAGGGCAGCCACGACGUGGGCACCAUCUGCAGCUAUGAAUGCAAGCCAGGCUACUACGUGGCAGAGAGUACGGAGAGUAAAGUCAGGAACAAGUUCCUGAAGAUACAGUGCCUGGAAGGUGGAGUCUGGGAGGAAGGCAGCUGUAUGCCAGUGGUGUGCGAGCCUCCUUCUCCUGUUUUUGGAGGCAUGUAUGAGUGUACCAAUGGCUUCAAUUUGGACAGCCAGUGUGUGCUUAACUGCAAGCAGGAAAGUGAAAGGCUUCCCAUUGUGUGCAAUAAAGAGGGGCUGUGGACCCGGGAAUUCAAGUUGUGUAAGAACCUGCAAGGGGAAUGCCCUCCACCUCCUUCAGAGCUGAAUUUCCUGGAGUACAAGUGUGAGCAGGGACAUGGGAUUGGAGCAGUGUGUUUUCCAUCGUGUAUAAUCCCCCCUAACGAUCCCGUCAUGUUGCCAGAGAAUAUCACUGCCGACAAGCUGGAGCACUGGAUGGAACCUGUCAAGGUCCAGAGCAUCGUGUGUACCGGCCGGCGUCAGUGGCAUCCAGACCCCCUCCUGAUCCACUGCAUCCAGUCCUGUGAGCCUUUCCAAGCAGAUGGUUGGUGUGACACUAUUAACAACCGAGCCUACUGCAACUACGAUGGGGGAGACUGCUGCUCUUCCACACUUUCCUCCAAGAAGGUAACUCCAUUUGCUGCUGACUGUGACCAAGAUGAAUGCACCUGCCGGGACCCUAAGGCAGAAGAAAAUCAGUAACUGUGGAACUGGGCUCCUCCCUCCUCUGCCCUGGAGGCAGUGAGAGAAAAGCUUCUGUGGAAGGAGGAGACAAAGGGUGAAGAAAGAAGAAAGGUCAUGAAAUGCAGGAAAUAAAGAGCAUGAAGGAUCUUUUCAGAAAUGCAAGAGUAUAUUUAUAGGUGCCAACAACUGCAUCCAGUAGCUCAAAUAGGGAAGAAUUAUAGGCAAAAGCUUCUUUGAUGUGGCAGUCGAUUAACAGAGGAAGGAGAGAUAUGAUAGAUAAACAAGGACUCUCCAUCCCACCUGUAUUCUACCCAACCGCAUCCUCAACUCUUGGGCUACUCCCCACUCUGUACCUUGUCAACUACUCAGCCUCAUCCAAUGUGUAAAUCAUUACCAAAAUGCUAGAAGAGAAGUUGCCAGGGUCAUUCUGUUAAUAACCAUUUCAAAGGAAUUGUCAUCUUUCAGGGCUUGUCUACUCUA